UUCUUUGGAAUUCUCGCCUCCCACCGCUGUCAUGUGGCACGGCGCUGCAUCCAAUCAGCGAGAUGAGGAGAACGCCCCCACCCCAGAAUAUGAAUGCGGAUUAUAAAUGCCGGUUGUGAUGCACCGGCAAGUCUUGGUCGUGAGGAAGCUCAGGGUUGCAGCAGCAAAUCAGUCGUUUUUCUUUCCAUAACAAAGAAGACCAUCAUCCAUUCUUUAUUUCUUCCUCCCAAUUCCAGUUCAUUUCAGGCCAGUUGCAUGCAUUGUUCGUCUCCCAAAAUGGUUUGCGAGACUAAAAUUGUUGCCGACGAGCACGAGCCCAUAUCUGGGACAAAUAAAGAUUCAAUUAUAAUUUCCUCCUCGCAAAUGUGGACGUCCACGUCGUCUUCUCCAAGUGCGCACGAAAGAAAGGUUGAAAAGCGGGACCGGGUUUUUAUUCGCGAUUUCCAACAUUCGGACCACGAGGAGGUGCGCCGAAUCUUCAACGAGGGAAUCAUGGAGCGGAUACCAAAUUCGGCAUUUCGGGGUCUAAAACAGCAAACUCAAAUCCAGUUUAUCUAUGCUCUUCUCACAGUAAUGUGCUAUGUUAUGACCAAAUCCUUCACACUUACCUUCUGCAUGCCCUUUAUUCUCAUGGGCGCACGUUAUUACUACAGCAGAAAAGUCAUUCUCAACUACCUGGACUGCGCUCUGCACACUGACAUGGCUGACAUUGAGGAAUAUUACAUGAAACCCACAGGUUCUUGUUUCUGGGUGGCAGUUCUACAAGGCCAGGUGGUGGGCAUCGUGGCAGCUCAAGGCCGAGAAGAUGAGAACACCGUUGAACUGCGUCGCAUGUCUGUGGAUUCACGCUUCCGUGGAAAAGGCAUCGCCAAAGCUCUGGGUCGCCGCGUUCUAGAAUUUGCAAUGUUAAACAACUACUCGGCCGUGGUUCUGGGAACGACCGCAGUCAAGAUGGCCGCCCACAAGCUGUACGAGUCAUUGGGUUUUCGUCGAGUGGGAGAAACAGAUGACCACAAGCUGCCGGGGAUGACCGGAUCAACGCUGGAGAGGCUCUUCUUCCAGAUUCGCUACAGCCGGUACCAAUUACAGCUUCACGAAGAGUGA